AUGGCCAAUUCUACUCAGGUGACUGUGUUUCUCCUGGAGUUUUUUGCUGAGUCAUGGGAGCUCAGGCUCCUGCUCAGCAUGUUGUUCCCCACCCUGCUGGGAAACCUCCUCAUCAUCCUGGCCACCACCCUGGAUCAGAACCUGCACACACCCAUGUACUUCUUCCUCAGGAAUCUGUCCAUCUUAGACAUGUGCUACAUUUCUGUCACUGUCCCCAAUGCCUGUGUCAACUCUCUCACUGACAACAGGGUCAUCUCUAUGUCAGGUUGUGCAACCCAGAUCUUUAUGAUCUUUUUUUGUGCAUGUGUGGAGAUUCUGUUUCUCACUGUAAUGGCUCACGACCGCUAUGUGGCCAUCUGCCAGCCCCUCCUCUACCCUGUGAUCAUGAACCACCAAUUUUGUGUUCAGAUGACACUGGCUUCUGUACUUGUCAGUCUUUUCAUUACAAGUGCACAGACAGGCAACACAUUCCAGCUGUCCUUCUGUCAGUUUAAUGUGGUCUCUAAGUUCUUCUGUGAUUUGCCUUCACUGUUGAGGCUUUCCUGCUCAGACACCUUUAGCAACAAACUCUUAAUUCUUCUCACAGCCAUAGGACUUGGUGGUAGCUGCUUUACCUUCAUUACCAUAUCAUAUGCUCACAUAUUUUCAACUGUGCUGAAGUUUCCUGUCAAAGAGCGAGGAAAGGCCUUUUCCACCUGUGUCCCUCACAUUGCCGUGGUGUCUAUGUUUCUUAGUUCUGGUGCCUAUGUGUACCUCAAAACUCAGGGAGUCUCUGAAGUGGUUCAGGACAUGGUUCCUUCUAUAUUUUAUAGCAUUGUUCCUCCGUUCGUCAAUCCUAUCAUCUACAGUUUUAGAAACAAACAGAUAAAGGAAGCUGUGAGGAAAAUAGUACUAAAAAGGUUUUACUUAAGAAAGUUAUAA